AUGGUGUCUAUUUCGAGAGAAUCGUUGGUGUUGGUCAACGAUAGGCUGCAGGCAGGAUUGACCGAUGACGAAAGAGUAUUUUUGAUGGCAGCCGAAAUGGGUGAUUUGGAAACAGUGACCCGAAUGUUGGAUUCGGGUGUCGUGUCGGUAAAUUGUGUUGAUCAACAGGGCCGAACGGCUUUAGAAUUGGCGGUAGUUGCUAAUGAUGAAGGUUUAGUCGCCUACCUCUUGGACAAGGUUCCCGAGAGAGUUGUUCACAGGGCUUUGUUAUGUGCAGCAGAAGAUGACAGAGAACAACUAUGUGAACUUAUACUACAACAUCCAUUAUAUAGUAAAGCAAAAAUUCUAGAUCCAACUCAAGAUAUUCCUUCUGUGGAUACAUCUGUUCUUGGUUUACUACGAGACGGACUGUUGCGUGCCGCGAAGCACAACGAUUUUCAAAUUGUGAAAAUGUUUAUGACCCGUGGUGUAGCUCUAGAAAAGCCCCACAAUUACUUUUGCAAUUGUACUAUUUGUACCGAAGGAAGGAGCAAAGACUACAAAGUCUAUUCAAAAACCAGACUUGAUACAUUUACAGCAAUAGCUAGUCCGGCCUAUAUAUGUUUCACUGAAGACGACCCUUUGCUGGCUUCAUUUAACUUAAGUGUGUUGUUUCGGAACCUGGCAGAGCUCGAGGGCGAAUCAAAGCAAAUGUACAUCGAAUUAGAUAAUCAAUGUCAAAACUUUACUUUGGCCUUACUGGAACAAUGCCUUAGUUCAGACGAGGUCAAGGCCUUGUUAACUGGUAAAUCACAUAUUAAGGCAUCUUCUGAACUACCAGAUAGCGAGGAACCUGACCAAAUAUUACCAGUACUUGGAACUGCAAUCCGAAUGGAACAGAAAAAGUUUGUUGCCCAUAGUCAAUGUCAGUCUCAGAUAACAGAACUUUGGUAUAGUGGAGUUCCAGCUUUAAGAUAUCUUAACAGAUUUUCCUAUUUAAUGUUAUCUAUACCAAUAGGUUGUAUUUGUGUACCUAUUUUAUCUAUUGCAUAUUUAAUAGCACCAUGGAGUCGGGUUUCCAACAUAUUAAAUACACCUUUGAUGAAAUUUUUAAGUUAUACAUGUUCGUACCUUACAUUUCUGAUUGUUGUUAUGGUAACAAAAUUAGAAGUAAUGUACGCCUUCGAUAGUUUUGCCUGUGAUGACCCUGCACCAUUUGCUCUAGCUGUUGUAGUUUUGGUGGUUUUAUGGAUUGUUGGAUUAAUUUGGGAAGAAUGUAAACAGAUAAUGGACGCUGGUGCCAAAGAUUAUUUCAGCUCAUUUUGGAACAUGAUGGAUUCUUUAAUGUUAAGUCUUUUAUUGGCAUCAUUUACCUUAGAAUUAGUAAUUCCAUUACGUUUGCAAUAUGUUUUAUCAGAUCCAAAUAAUCCUCAUAAUAGUAGUAUUACACCAAUAUGUGACAGUUUACGAAAGGGAGAAAUCAACGUAGAUGAAUUCUGUACCGUUGGUAGAGCAAGUGGCGCUGUGGUUGUAUGGGAACCAUCGUGGAUACCUGAUCCUGAGUUAAUCUCAGAUAUAUUAUUUACCAUCGGAACUGUGCUGAGUAUCGGAAGAUUUUCUUUUAUUAUGCCUGCUAAUGAGGCAUUAGGCACUAUGCUGGUAUCAUUCCGUCGAACAUUAAUGGAUUUGUUCAAACUGAUGGGAAUGUUUGUAUUAGUAAUGAUAUCAUUUACUUGUGGUCUGGCAGCUCUAUAUGCUCCAAAUAAAUGUAUGAACGAUUCAUUUUCCAGUUUUGGUGCCAGCUUAUUCACCUUAUUUUGGAGUUUGAUUGGAAUGGGUGAAACCUCUGCUCCAACUCUUACAAAACAGGGACCCUUAGCAUCAUUAACAAAUAACGAUGGUAGAAACUAUGGCGUAGAAACAGUUGGAUUCUUCCUUUAUAGUUUCUAUGUCUUUAUAUCAAUGGUUGUUCUUAUUAAUUUACUUAUUGCUGUGAUGUCUAAUACAUUCCAAGAAAUUCAGGAUGAAAAGGAUACAGAAUGGAAAUUUGCCAGGACUGAGUUAUGGUUGUCAUUUAUAGUACCCGGUUGUCCGGUUCCAGCACCAUAUAAUAUUAUACCAAGCACCAAAACUAUAUUCAAUGCGAUAUUGUGGUUAUGGAAGAAGUUAUGUUGUUGUUGUCAUGUUCAAACAUCUAAAUGUUUAUGUAAAUCAGAAUAUAUUUUGGAUAUACUGAAGAGAAUUGGGUGUUUAGCUGAAGCUGAACAAGAACCGGAACAAGUAAAAUAUACCUACUUACAGGUGCAUGAUAGCUUGCUUCUUUUCCCCUUCCUGUAG